UCCCACUCCGGUUUCGGUAAUAAUUAUGACCCUUCUCAAAACUACAUAACCAAACUAUCCCAACUACCAACUACUAAGUACCAAAGACACAAACCUACUCAUUUCAUAUCCGUUCCUUCUCUGGAUGCGUGCAAUCGGACGUUACAAUUUUCAUUUUUGUGUAAGUAUGUCCAUUUUCUAUUUUAUUAAUUUAUAAAUCCAUGUUGCCAUGUUGGGUUUUCGAUGAAACAAUUGAAGAAUAAUCCGUCUGUCGAUUAUUUCAAGACCUGCACCAUUUUUGUGUCGUAUUUCGUACGAUGGAAAUGGAUGAAAUUUCGGCGGUCGUCGGUAGACGUGUCCACCAGUUUAGUAUUUUUCGUAUUCUAACGUUAUUCAGACUUCCGAGUAUCAAUUCUUCGCAAAAUAUUUCCCUUGCCGCUUUUCAAAGCACUCCGUUUCAACUUGAUGGUGUUGUGCUAGGUGUUAUGGUCUGUAUUCGGUUGGAUAUUGUCUUUCAAUUUAAUCCUGUAAAUAAUUAUUUUGUCGAUGCGUAUGUGUAUAUACAUCUUACAGUUUGAUGACUUAGGUAUUCACUAAAAAUAAUUUCUUCUACUUGCUAUUUGUACCACGUGUGUUCUUGACGUUCUUGUAGGUAUUUUGUUUUAUAAUUUGUCAUGUGUUUUUUUUUCGUAAUUACUUUUUUAUUUAUUUUGAAUUUUGUUAUUAUUUUAGUUCCAGGUAAUACUUCAAAAUGGUUAACGGACGUAUCCCGUCCGUCUACAGUAAGACGUACGUGACUCCCCGUCGUCCGUAUGAAAAGGCACGUUUAGAUCAGGAGUUAAAAAUCAUAGGCGAAUACGGUUUGAGGAACAAACGUGAAGUAUGGCGUGUGAAAUACACUUUGGCCAAGAUCCGUAAAGCCGCUCGUGAAUUGUUGACCCUCGAAGAGAAGGAUCAAAAACGUCUUUUUGAAGGUUUGUUUAUUAAUAUUUUUUGUUUUCCUAUAUUUACAAAAUACUAUACCACAAUGAUGAAAUUAAUUAUUUUAUCUGACACCUCUCAUCUGAAAUUUCCGAUAGUGUUGUAAAUUUUAAAUUUUCUGAGUGUAUUUAUAUUUUGUAUAGUUAUAAAUAUUAGCUUUUACUUAAUUACUAAUAUUCUAGUUGAUUAUUCUAUGCAAUUAUUGUUUUUUUUCUCUAGGUAAUGCGUUGUUGCGUAGAUUAGUUCGUAUUGGUGUAUUAGAUGAAGGACGUAUGAAGCUUGAUUACGUUUUGGGAUUGAAAAUUGAAGAUUUCUUGGAACGCAGAUUACAAACUCAGGUAAUGUAUGAUUAAGAUUGGUACAAUUUUUGUAUUCACUAUAUACCUACAUAACUGAUACAUAAAAUGAUGAAUUUAUAAUUAUUUUCUGACACCUCUUCUGAAACAUAAUUUUGUUGAUAAUUAAAUAUCUGAAAGUUUGUCAUCAGUUUGUCUGGGUUGAUACUUUAUUGUAUUAAUGUUCGUAAAACCAUCUUGUAAGUUAAUAUAAAAAAUAUUUAAUUUUUUUUUUUUUUUUAGGUAUUCAAAUUGGGAUUGGCCAAAUCAAUUCAUCAUGCGCGAGUUUUAAUUCGUCAAAGACACAUUCGGUAUGAGUGUAAAUUAAUAUUAAUUGAAUUAAAUAAUUCAGUUUUAUAAUAUGAGAAUGCCAAUUGUUUUGGGCAAGGAUACUGGAUAAUAUUUACCAAGCUGUUCCUAAUCACAAUUUGGCUAUAUUAUUUUAGAGCAUUGAGUUAAUCCAAGAUCAAAUAAAUGUUUUUUGAUCUUUUUCAUGGCAAUGCUAUAUUAAUUUUUAAAGAUUUAAAAUCAAUUUUCUAUAAAUAUUACAAUAAAUUUAGUGUUCGUAUGUGCCUAUUAUUCUUGGGCAAGGAUGUUCUUAAAUUUGUAUGAACAAGUCCUAAUCGUAAUAAGGCUAUAUUAUUUAGACUUUGGUUAAUCAAAGGUCGGAAUGAAAUAUCUUCUGUCUUUUUCAUGGCAAAGCUACAUUAUUGUUACUUUAUAUUUAUACAAAUUCAACUACCCGAUAAAUGAUAAAUAACCAUGCCUAUUAUUCUUGGGCAAGGAUGUUCCUAAAUUUGUAUGAACAAGUCCUAAUCGUAAUAAGGCUAUAUUAAUAGGCUUUGGUUAAUCAAAGGUCAGAAUGUAUAUCUUCUGUUUUUUUCAUGACAAAGCGACAUAAUUUACAAUACAUAAGGUUAAACUAGUAUACUGGGUUGAUUAUUAACUAACUAUGUAUAUGUGGCUUUUCUUAAUUAGAUGAAAAAUGUGCUGUCCCUUGAUAUCAGCAUAGAGUACAAUUUUAUUUUUAAACAGGCCACUUAAAAUGUUCAUUAUUUAUAAUGUCAUUUUAACGUCUGAUUCACAACUCCUUGUGAGAUUGUGUUAUUGAUCCCUAUAUUGCAUUCUUAAGACCGAAAAAUAAUACUACAUAUAAUAAUGGUAUGCAAGUGUAUUUAUAUUAUGCUAUAAAAGGAUUAUAUUUUGUUUUUUGGAGAAUUUUGGUUUGUUUAUUAUUUUAUUGAUUUUUAUAUAUAGCGUACGUAAACAAGUAGUGAAUGUACCAUCUUUCAUUGUUCGUCUGGAUUCCCAGAAACAUAUUGACUUCUCCUUGAAAUCACCAUUCGGUGGUGGCCGUCCUGGACGUGUAAAGAGGAAGAACUUAAGGAAAGCCAAGAACGCCAAGGAUGAUGGCAACGCUGGUGAAGAAGAAGAAGAUUAAACUAUUUUUCUUAUUAUUUCUGUGUAUUGUUUAUUUAUGUAAUAUAAUACACUGAUUUUUACAAAACACAAUUUU